GACGCCGCCAUGCUGGAGCAGCGCUGGGGCUUCCUGGCGCCCUGGUGCUCCGUGCUGCAGUACCGCGUCAACUUCCGCGCGCUGGAGGACGCGCCCCCGGACGUCUGGGGCGCGCAGAGCCGCGCGCUGCACGUGCUGCUGCCCCGCCGCGCGGGCCUCUACGGCGAGCUCAAGGACGAGCAGUCGUUCCAGAUCGAGUUCCAGAACACGCGCGAGGCGCUGUCCCUAUUGGCUGCAGUGGCGCGUGUGGACCACGCCGCCUGGAAGUUUUUGCUACUGCGAUAUUGUGGCGUGGAUCUGGGCAGUCCCGGAGACGAAAUAUUCGAAACGGAAAUUCCGGUUAGGUUCUGUGUGGUUAUCGAGCCCCAGGGUGAGACGGACCUGAUCCAGCUCUGCGGCGUGAACCAGCGACGGUAUCUGAGUGAAGGAUACGUGAACACACUGGCGAGGAUCGCGGAGCUGGGGGGCAUUGCGCAGAAUGCGGAGGGCGUGGACCUGGAAAUUCCCGUUCGGGUGAAUUUUAACACUUCGACGACGAAUAUGACGAACAAAAUGACAAUUGAACCGAUCCAGAAUUUGGUGAAUAUUCAGGCGGCCGAGAAGAUUAUUCGCGAGGAGUGGGAGAGCUACAACUGGAGUCUGGAGAACCAGCCAGUGGACGCUGGGAUGAUGAGGUGCACGUUGGUGCUCGAGCCGAUGAUUGCAGAUCUUCGAGGGUUCGGAUGUGGCAACGAGAUUGCAGAGACGAUGGCCAGAUUUGUGGGCGAGAACGUGUGGCUCUCGCAGUUGUCGUUGAAGGCGGAGUUGACGUAUGAGGGGAACCAAGAUGUAGCGUUGAUGUCGUUCCGCCAGAUGAUGGCGGUGGUGUUUGAUGCGACGCGGCGGAGUCGUGAACUGGCAAAUACGAGGUACUGCUCUCAGACGUUGGCGUGCAGCGACCCGCUUCAGAUGGGAACGGUAUCGUUGCACUGGGAAUCUGCACUUGAUCCAUCGGAAGUGGGGGCAAUGUUUUCAGCGCUGGUACUCAACCAGACUGCAAGACAUCUCACAAUACGAAUGCGGAUGGAGUCGAACAACCGAGGCAACUACAAAUACUGGUGGAAGUGGGUGGCGUAUGCGUUUUUCUCGAAGCGAGCACAGAGGUGUUCUGCGCUGGAAUCGCUGGAGCUGGCUGGGAUUGAUGACGUGGAUAUCGAAGACGUGAAAGUUUUUUCCGCUGUGCUUGCGGCCCAACAUCCAGAAGAAGUUAUCUGUGGCUGCCGACGUGGGCGUGUGGCUGAGAGAGAUGCGGAAUUGAAGCAAGGAUCUCCAGUGCAGUGGCUGCUCUCCAGGAAUGACCAGCCCCAGUCCGAACCUAGUAUUGUAAAGUUCGGGUCGACUAUUCCUCAUGUUUUAACGUUUGGAGAUGACGGCGAGAGCACGUGGGUCAACGUGCUGAUUCCUGGUUUUGGUCAUUGCCUGGUUCAGCGCUCAGAUCUGGUGUUUCACCCCGCUCGCAAAUCUGGUGCUAUUCCAACCUCGUUGACGUCUCUCACAAUUCGAUUUGGAGAAGUUGCCCACCCAAGGUUGAACGGACUUCCUCUACUUCUAUCGGCUUGCGGAACUUCGUUGCGAUCCCUGACAAUUCAGGGGUCUGCUGGAGAAGUCGAUGCCAACAUGAUUCUUCAGUGCUGCCCGAAGCUACGAAAUCUAACGCUACAGAAAGGAUGGGUUAUCGUGGAGCUUGACCUUACAGAGGCUCGUACAAGCAAGCAGCAAAUUACGAUGCAGUCGUUCAAGUGGGAAGAUGUGGCCGCACUGGCGAGCGAAUUGAGAAACUCAAAUAGUUCGCUCGCCCGCUGUGUUCGCCGAUUGAGCGUCCGGCUGACAGGCAUGAAUCAAGCAGACAACACGAGAUGGGCGAACUACGGCCCCGUGCUGGCUUCCUACCUUAAUGCCCUGCUGGAGAUGCUGAUGGCGAACGACUACUUGGAGUACUUCAAGAUAACUGUGCCACCCCAGUGUCACGAGUACGCCGACUACUUCAGGAAGCACCACAACAAAAGGAUUCGUCAAGGUGGUAACCUUUCCAUUGAGACCAAGGUUGCUCUCUUGAGUGUGAUGUUGGCUCGAACGAAGACACUGCCGUCAUUGAAGAAGGGCAGGAAAACGAGAAGGAAAAAACCCGUGCGGCACUCUCUGCAUGUUUUGACUCAUAUGUUCGAGUUUGCAGCUGAUCGUGUACUUCGGCAGGUGUAUUUCCAC